UGAAAUCUGGGGGAAAAGCCGACAGCUGUCGUGACGGAAUUUCGUUGGACUAUCUCGACGGCAAAAAGCAUCACGAUUAUACCAUUAGCUAUUAUACACGUCAGUGAUGGGUAGUGAUAGUUGGCGCGUAGUUUACACACGACCGUAGAUGCGUAGUGCUUGAUUGCGACAGAGGCAGUGCGAGAACCCAAAAUGGCAGACGACAAAAAUGAGAAAACGUCCGAGCAGGAUUCGGAGGGCAAAUUGGAUCCGGCGGAGGAGAGAUCGCGGUAUUUUAAAAAAUUGGAGACAUGGGUCCAGGAAGCAUACGCUUGGCAAAGUGUCGCGGCGAUGUUCCCUUAUUACGUGAUGUCCGGGCACAUUGCGAAUUCGUCACCCGCUUCAACAGCCUUUCAAGCAAAUCAAGUACCAACCCCACCAAAUAGACCGGGAGUAAUAAUCGGAAACACAGAUAGACAGAAUGAAGGAGUGAGGCAAAGAAGACCUCAGGAACAACCUGCGGGUCCUUUUCAACCUCCUGGAGUCGAAGGUUACGAAUACCGCAUUCCUCCGAUUUGGAAGAGGUUUGCUGCUGAAUUUAUAGACUCAACGAUGCUAUUUCUUUUGAAAUUCUCCAUCACCUUCAUCGCGAUCGAUGUAUUUGAUUUUAUAGACAUCGAAGACUUGGAUUUAUUGCAAACAAAUUUGCGUAUCGAUUACAAAAUGGCUUUGGAAAUGACUUAUGGGAUUCUGAUCUUGGAAGUGAUUCAUCGUGUGAUAGUUUGCAUCUUCGAGGCCUUUUGGCUUCAACAUGGUGUUUACGGUUUCAUCGGAGGUGCUACACCUGGCAAGUACAUGAUGGGCUUGCGGGUGGUUCAGUGUCGAAAUAUAACUCCCGUAGAACGUCCGAACGAGCCGGACGUGGUCCUGGUGAGUCCCGGGACCGAUCUGGGUCUGCCAUUAGCCCUGGGUCGAUCGGUGGUGAAAAAUUUUGUGCUGGCAUUUCUAUUCCCGAUCUGCUUCUCGUUGUUCUUCUUCAGAUUUAACAGAACCGGCUACGAUCUGAUCUGCAAUUCCGUCGUUGUCGAAGAUCCCUAUAGAAAUUCGAACCAUAAUAGGAUACACCAGCAGUAGCCCGCCUGAGGGAUGCUGCAUGGAAUUCUGUGAUGUGUACAUAAUUCUGUCUGUGCUUCUUGUACCUUGUAUGCGUGCGGAAUCAUGUGUGUGUAUAUGAAGUGUAUAUAUGUGUAAAAAAUAAAAAUUAUUAUUAUUGCAGCGAAAAGCCGUUCCACAAGUUUCUUUUGUAUUUCGAGGAAUUUGAAUUCCAUGGAAU